UCUCACGGUACUGUAGUGUCAGAAAAACAUGGCGGACAAGGAGUUUUGACGCGUCCGUCUUGCUGCUACAAAUGCUUACUUUCACGUCUCUUGACUUGUUCUUGCUUGUGAAUUCGACUCGAAGUGAUCAAACAGCCACAUUUCAAUCGAGAUCAUGCCUUCGGCCUGCGAUGCUCCGAUUGACGACAUUGAGGACAUGGUGUCUCCUAGUGACCCCACCCCUCAUGACAGGCAGUCUGCUAGGAGGAGUAUCAUACCCAGGUCCAGGAAAAAAAAAGACAUUUUGAACAGCGAGGAGCUCCAAGCUGACAGUCUAAUUCCCGGCACCCAGAAAAUCUGGAUGAAAACGUGGGGCUGCAGUCACAACAACUCAGAUGGGGAAUACAUGGCUGGACAGCUUGCUGCGAGUGGAUACAAAAUGACAAAUGACCCAUCAGAAGCAGAUUUAUGGCUUCUGAACAGCUGCACUGUCAAAAGUCCUGCAGAAGACCACUUCAGAAACUCAAUCAAAAAAGCCCAGGAGCAACAGAAGAAGGUGGUGGUAGCUGGUUGUGUUCCACAGGCCCAACCUCGAAUGGAUUAUCUCAAAGGGCUCAGCAUCAUAGGGGUCCAACAGAUUGAUCGAGUGGUAGAGGUGGUGGACGAGGCUGUUAAAGGUCACUCCGUUCGUCUUUUGGGCCAGAAGAAAGAUGGAGGUCGGAGGCUAGGGGGGGCCAGACUGGACCUGCCCAAGAUAAGGAAAAACCCUCUGAUUGAAAUCAUCUCCAUUAACACAGGGUGCCUGAAUGCGUGUACCUACUGCAAGACAAAGCAUGCCAGAGGAGACCUGGCCAGCUAUCCUAUAGAAGAGCUGGUUGAGAGAGCGCAACAGUCUUUUCAAGAGGGAGUGUGUGAAAUCUGGCUGACCAGUGAGGACACAGGAGCUUAUGGUCGAGACAUCGGGACUGACCUGCCCACGCUACUGUGGAGGCUGGUGGCGGAAAUUCCGGAAGGGGCCAUGCUCAGGCUCGGUAUGACCAACCCACCCUAUAUCCUGGAACACCUUGAGGAGAUGGCCAAGAUACUGAAUCAUCCGCAUGUCUACGCCUUCCUUCACGUUCCUGUGCAGUCGGCCUCGGACAGCGUGCUCAUGGACAUGAAGAGAGAGUAUUGCAUUGAUGACUUCAGAAGAGUGGUUGACUUCUUGAAAGAGCGGGUCCCAGGUGUAACAAUUGCGACAGAUAUAAUCUGCGGCUUUCCUGGCGAGACAGAGGAAGACUUCAGAGAAACUAUAGACCUGGUGAAACGUUAUCGAUUCCCCAGUCUCUUCAUCAAUCAGUUCUACCCCAGACCUGGGACGCCAGCCGCCAAGAUGGAGCAAGUGCCUCCACACGUGAAGAAACAACGGACAAAAGAACUAUCGCAACUAUUUCACUCCUACAACCCUUAUGACCACAAGGUUGGGGAGAGACAACAUGUGUUGGUGACAGAGGAGUCCUUUGAUUCCCAAUAUUAUGUGGCUCACAACAGGUUCUAUGAACAGGUACUGGUGCCCAAGAGGUUAGAGUUCAAAGGGAAAAUGAUUGAAGUUGACAUUUACGAGGCAGGAAAACACUUCCUGAAAGGACGACCGGUGGAAGACAGUAAACCUUUCACUCCCUCCAUCGCUGCCCCACUUCAAAAAGGAGAAGUGUCUGGCCUGAUGCAGGUGCAGAUGGCAAAUGGUGUCCAAGGUCCCUCUUCUAUGUCUUCCUCUCUUUUGUUGACGGGGUCUUACAAUGUGGACCGAGAGCUAUUGAAGAGGCUGGGUGUCGGACUGACGCUGGCGGCUGCCUUACUGGCUUUUAUUGUGGAGAGGAUCUAUUAGCGGCGCAAGCGUACGCCGGAAGACGAGUCGUAACCAGGGAGAGGACGGCGACAUAAUUGGGGUCUUAACAGCAUGAAUGGCAGCGACGUCAUCAAAUUCUCCUACCUGUUUCUUUCUGUGCUAUGUGCACUCAAAGAGGGGAAAGGACACCUCGUUUGGCUGACUUUUUUUUCUUUGAAUCUCACUUCAUUUGGCCAUUAUUUGAGUCAUUGUGUUAAAAGCGAAUAAACGUUUUUCUUUCAGUACAAACUGUCUCCAUCCUGAAGUGCUGUUCUUCAAUUGUCUUGAUGGAACACCCAAGUGACCUCCUCGUGGUCGACAGCUACGUUUGCCCGUGUGCUGCUUGUGGACUUCUAGACUCACGCUCAGGUUUCUACACCAAGUUAAUGAGCUGUAUCCCAAGUUAAUGAGCUGUAUCCAAACGCCGAUACUGUGUUUGAUUUUCACAGUAAAGAGUCUUGACAGUUGAUUUCUUGGAAACAUGUAAUUCUCUCAUUAAACAUCAUUUGGCAUUUUUAUGAAUGCGCUACAGAAUGAAACCAUUUUAACAAAC